CUGAGGACGGAGAGCCCGGAGGACAAAUCCCCCCGUGAGACCCUGGUGGGAGAGGCCGUUUUGAAGGGCUCCCCGGCGCAGGAAGGCAGCGGGGAGGAAAAGGGCCGGAGAUCCCCCCACAGGAGGGGCUCCAAAGCCAUCCCAGGGUGCUCUGAGGAGGAAAGAGCCAGCCUGUGUUGGGAAGGCGGCCAGAGCUUGAGGGGGAGCUCUGAGCUGGUGGUCCCUGAGCAGCCUCUCAGCAGAAAGAAACCCUUCAGGUGCUUGGAAUGUGGGAAGAGCUUCAGGACAAGCACUGAACUAAUCCAACACCAGCACAUCCACACUGGAGAACAUCCCUACAUGUGUGGGGAAUGUGGAAAGAGCUUCAGGCACAGCUCCAGCCUGAUCCGACACCAGCAUAUCCACACUGGGGAACGGCGCUACACAUGUGGAGAAUGUGGGAAGAGCUUCAGGGACAGCUCCGACCUGAUCCGACACCACCAUAUCCACACUGGGGAAUGGCCAUACACAUGUGGGGAAUGUGGGAAGGGCUUCAGGAAGAGCUCCUGCCUCCUCUCCCACCAGCUCAUCCACACUGGGGAGUGUCCCUACACAUGUGGGGAAUGUGGGAUGAGCUUCAAGCAGAGCUCCACCCUCUGCCGCCACCAGAUGAUCCACACUGGGGAACGGCCCUACACAUGUGGGGAGUGUGGGAAGAGCUUCAACCAUCGCUCCACCCUAUUCACCCACCGGCUCAUCCACACUGGGGAACGGCCCUACACGUGUGGGGAAUGUGGGAAGAGCUUCUACCAGAGCUCCACCCUCCACAUCCACCAGCGCAUCCACACUGGAGAACGGCCCUACAAGUGCUUGGAAUGUGGGAAGAGGUUUCACACCAGCUCACAUCUCCUUGUGCACCAGCGGACGCACACGGAUGAGAGGCCCUUCCGCUGCACCGACUGUGGGAAGGGCUUCAAGCACAACUCCACCCUCGUCAGGCACUGGCGCAUCCACACCGGCGAGAGGCCCUACAAGUGUGGGGAGUGUGGGAAGAGCUUCACCCAGAGCUGUCACUUGACCAAACAUCAACGGACCCACCAGUAAGGGAAGCCCUACCAGUGCCCCGACUGCGGGAAGAGCUUCGGCUGUAGGACUGACACACAAAAAAGGUUUCAAAAGGUCUUCAGGAUUUUGAGU